GUAAAUCAAGAGAGAUUCCGAACGAUCCAUAACACCAUGCUUGUUGUCUUAUGAUAAUGUGACAUAAAAGUCAUUUCUGGAUUUUUAUGUAAUGAAAAUGGCUACAAAUCGAUAUAUCAAUUGUGUGUUUCAAUAUAGUGUAUCAAAACCUGGCAUUUUUCGGAAGGUUCGACAAACAAAUGUAGAACUGAAAAGAUUUUAUACUGUCCAAAGAUGUCCAAGCAAUGCUAGAUUAAAUGGUUUGUUCAGGAAACACAGAUUAGUGAUAAAUUCAGGCCUGAUCACAAGAGCUAAAAGUAGUACAUCGACUGGAGUUGAUGAAAUCCUAAGCAAAGCUGCAUCCGAGAUAACGAAAGAUGACAGUUUUAUUUUGAAUCAAGCGGUGUCGGACCUGUCCAGUAACGCAGGACUAGUGAAGCCAGAGCUGACAGAUGUAACCGCCAGUUUAAACGCCCUGGGUGAAGAGUCCAUAAAGAGUUUAGGUCUGGGAAAGUUCACACCAUCUGGCUUAAUGCAACAGCUUCUGGAGACGGUUCAUGUCAGUUUGGAUAUUCCAUGGUGGGGAACCAUCGUUUUAGUGACUGUUAUGAUAAGAGGUGCCAUGUUUCCUCUUUAUCUGAUGAGCCGACGGAUGAAUAUUAAAACCAUGAACCACUCGCCUGAAACUCAAGCCAUAAAUGACAAAUUAACCAGGGCUAGAAUGAGGAGGGAUAACUUAGCAAUGGAGGAAUACAAGAUGGAGUUGAAGGAGUACCAGAAAAAACAUGGCAUACAAACAUACAAACUAUUGGUUCCUAUGGUAGCACAGAUACCAAUUUUCAUUUCCAUGUUCUUUGGGAUUCGAGAAAUGGCCACGUUCCCCUUGGAGAGUAUGAAGACCGGAGGAAUCUUAUGGUUUACUGAUCUUACCGUUACAGAUCCUUAUUUAGGCCUGCCUCUCUUGACGUCUGCAACUAUUGUUGCUAUUGUAAAAGUAGGAGCAGAAAAUCCCAAUGCUGGUCCUAUGAUGAAGAAGGUGGGAUACGUUGGAGCUGGAGUCGUGGCCUUCUUCAUGAUGAAUUUCCCGUCGGCUCUUUGCUGUUACUGGGUGAGCACCAACUUAGUAUCGCUCCUUCAAGCCUUCCUGUUCUCAUUCAAAGGUGUCCAAAAAUUCCUUCAAAUUCCAGAAACUAUUGUGCCAGCAAACAAAUUAUUGAAAAAAGAUAAAUCUUUAAAAGAAACAUUUCGGGAAAUGAAAGAAAUGGCUGCCAACACAAAGAAGAUGAGUAACGAAGAAGCUCUCAGAGACUUUGAACGAAUUCAUGCCAUAGAAAUGGAACGAUCUGGAAAAGGGCCAGUCCCAGUUACGUAUAAACAUAAUCCGAAAAGUAAGAGGAGUACAAAAAGUGGGGAGCUGAAAGCGUGAUCAGACAUGUUAUUUAAUCAGAGACCUGUGAGGAAAGAGGCCAGAGGCAGCACUUUUUAUGUGUAUAUAUACAUCCAGUGUUUCAGCUUUGUUGGUAGAUACUUUACCUGCAGCUGUUCAAUAUUAUGUUAGGGGUUUGUAUAUAUUGUACGUAUUAUACCGUAUAACGGGUAUUUUUCUGCAGGUGGAAAUUUUUGCGAUCCAAUCCCUAAAAGGUGUCAAAUCAAAUUCUGUUUUUUUUAAUUUCUACAGUUGCAUUAUGCCAAUCUAUAUGCAUUGAUAUACAUAUUUCGCUUGUAAUUUUUGCGGAUAAAAUUCCGCAAAAAUAGAGAACCGCAGAAAAAACUGGUUAUACGGUAUGUACAGUAACUGCCGUAUCUGUUGUCUCUACGUAUGUCUUUCUGGAUAAGUGAUGGAUCAAAGUGUGUUUGGAUGCCAUCAUAUGAUGUUAAUGGAAUUGCGAAGUGUUUUGUGUAAUAAAUACUGACAAAUAUAA